AUGUCUGCAUAUGGCGCCGCUCCAAGUGCACCUAUGCUGCCGCAGCAAGGUCCUUCCCUUUCCAACAACUACAUCCCCUACCCGCCCUUGCCCAAUCUUCCUCCGAACGCGUCGAAUCCCAUCUUUCCUGACGUCGACCCUCAACUUGCGCCUCCCACCCAGGCGCAAACACCGUCAAACAACAAUACGAGUAAGAUUCAAGGUCAUGCAGGCGAGACAAAAGCCAGGCUACGUAAGGCUUGUGACUCAUGCUCUGUGCGAAAAGUGAAAUGCGACGAACAACAACCCUGCAAGGCUUGUGAGGGUCUCCAAAUUCCAUGUACCUUUGAACGACCAAGCAAGCGCCGAGGUCCUCCUAAUAAACACGCCGAGAGUCUCAAGAGAAAAUACGACUCGCCCGCAGGUCCAGCAAUGUCUCAACCGCAACCGUCCUCGCCCACACACGCUGCCCACACUCUCGCCUACUUCUCCCAGCAGCAGGUGCUCUCUGCAGAAACGAUAUGUCCCCUUUCCAUGCUUGAGCGGCUGGUCGAUGACUACUUCACAUUCAUACAUCCUCUUGUCCCACUUCCUCACGAACCAUCCUUUCGGGAUGCCUUUAACCGGCGCCAAGACCUGACCAAUCCGACUUUUGUAGCUUUGGUCGCUUCGAUGCUUGGCUAUCUGGUGGCUUGCUUCCCUCGAAGACCUCGACAACACAUCCGCGAAGGUGUGCCAAUGGAACACCAGCAACAGAUGGAUUCCUUGUAUUCGAACCCGAUGGAUCUGGUGGAUCGAUGCCAUAAGGUAGCGAUGGAGGCUCUGGGUCCUGCAUAUUUGGACCGCAAAAUGUCGGUCCAUGAUGCUGUGAUUAGCUACCUGCAGGGGUUGACAUGUGUCCAAACAUUCAAUCGGCAAUCCGCCAUCCACUACUUCAAGCAAUGUAUGACUAUAUCUGCAACCGUCGGUCUUCACAAGGUCAAUGUCACAAGUACUACACACACGAACGGUCAUGCCUUACCAACACCUAGGAUGACAGCGAAUGGCCAUGCUCUCGAGGGACCACAUCAUGUCGGUGUCGAUCAAUUGAUGCGAGAGUUGGGAGUAAGAACAUUCUGGGCUUUAUUCGCGGGGGUGAAAUUAUUCCAGCAGGCUGGCGUCUCGCAAUGGGACCUGCUAAUGCCACCAGCAACGCCAUCACACCCAUAUCCUCCGUUACCCGUUGAAGUCGAUGAUGGCUACAUUACACCAGAGCAUGUCCAUCUCGAUCUCCAGCCUCCAGGCCUCGUUCCCGUAAUAACCGGUUUUAACGCCAAUAUCCGAGUUCUAUCUACCUACAAUGACUUAGCAGCAAUGGAGCUAGUCCGUGGUAUUGACAACGUCGUAGACUGGGAGCGGCAAAAGAGAGCCUUGGAGGAAUCUCUGCAAUCCGUCAAGCGCAUGCUUGACGGUCUUCCUGGCGAGCUUGUCCUCAGUUUCCGGGCUCCAUCACCUCGGUCGCGAGAGCCAAAGUAUCCUUCCCCAAACCCUGAAUCCACCGUCGGCCAGGAACUGGCUCAGUACGCAACGAACGGCUUUGAUAACACACGUAUUGACUUCAACCGACCUGAAGAGCGUCGGCGAAUCCAAUAUGAGAUCCAAAAGGCCAACAUUUAUACUACCCAGCUAGCCACACGCUUGCAUCUCGUCGAGAAAUACUGGAAUCUCUACGACGCCUACAACCUCAAAAAAUCUGGUGGUGGCAGUUCAGAUAGAGCAUCAUCUCCAGGGAUCAUCGCCCCCAUUCUAGACAAAUACGACCCGUCCACCCAUUUCAGCACUACGGAACAAGAUCUCGCGGCUGAGCGUGAGGAUAUUGUCAAGAUCUUUCUCAUCCUCCUCGGCCAAAUCAACGAAAUCAACACGGAAGCACUAGGCAAUUCGUUCAUCAGCGAAAUCAACCGAAUCGCGCGGGUGUUGCUUGACGCGCCACUUGUUCGCAAAGGAAACCUGGCGCAGGGAAGCGAAACCUAUGUGAGGGCGUCUCUGGCUGUGCUGGAGAAAUUGGACCUGGCCAGUCCGACUGGUGAUUGGCUGACCGACGAGGACGAGGUGCCCCAGCUUUGGGCGACGUUGAGAGGGUACCAGGCUAGUUUUGCGCAGAGUGGAGGAUUCGGAGGGGAGGUCUAA